AUGCCGGCGCAAGUGCCGGCGCCGGACGCGGCGGCGAGGCACACGGGCGCCGGCAAAAACACGCUCAUCUGGAACGCGACCAUGACCAAGCCAAUAAAGGUCGGUCACCUGAAGGCAAAUCGCCUGACUGUCUACAAGGAACAAGCGGGCUGCGGCACGUUCUUCUGGAAUGAUCGCCGCUCGCGCAAAGAGGUGCGCGGGAACCGGUUGUGGACGACCUUGGAGGGAGUCCAGAUGCGUGGCAGCCGCCCUGAUGCCAGGCAGCUGCCAUUAGAGUCCCAGGACGAGGACGAGGACGAGGACGGGGAUAUUGUCGUGCAGAUGUCUGGCCUAGGGCUUGGCGCGUCCGAUUCGGAGGAGGAGGAGCAGCUCCAGCGGGCAAUUGCGCGCUCUCUUGCCGAUGCCAGCAACCAGCAGCAUCAUGGUGGCCACAGCGCGGCGCUUCCCGAGGAGCUGCUCUGCCCGAUCCUGCUCACCGUGAUGGUGGACCCCGUCUCCACCGCCGAGGGACAGUGCUACGAGCGGGCCGCCAUUGAGCGAUGA